ACGAUGUGUGUUUCACUGGUCGCACAUCACUGCAUCAAAAAAUUAUCUAAAACUACGUGAAAAUAUCAUACAUAUAGUUAACAAUCAGAUAAUUGACUUCAAUCUGUAUAUCACUUGAAAUACUUAGCAUGGCAUACACUGAAGAAUGACAACCAUUAGUUGAGAGUAACAAGAAAAUAUUACCUAAAUCCAUCAUUGGAAGGCCCGAUCGAAGCUACGUGAUAAUAUUUCAACGCGUGAUUCUGGCUGGUUUGGUUUCGUUCGAAUGGUCCAAUAUUACAUUUUACUCUAAAGCUAUACCUUCAAAAGAGAAAGAAUAAAUAUUUAGGCAGUGUAAAAUAGCAAUUCCACAUCAACAAAAAAGAUAUGGUAGCAUCUAAUAUCAGCAACGAUACGACUCCCAUAGGCAUGGACUAUCCAGAUUGGUACUCCAACAUCCUGGCUAUUCAAGGUUCACUUGGAAUACUUUUCAACGGAGUUUUAUUGUUCGUAUUUUGGAGAAACAAGACACCCGAAUUCCGAGUAGGAACAUGUUAUGUGAUUGGAAAUCUUGCCUUGGCUGACUGCCUUACAGGUGUUGCAGUUUUGCUCCUCGCCUCUGGUUACGAGCCAAUUGAAUCUUUCCAAAUAUCAAUGAUCUGGACAACUAUUGAAGCAUCAUUAAUGUCAUUAAUGUUUCUAUCUCUCGAGAGAUUUCUGGCAUUUUACUAUCCCUUAAUGUCCAAAUCCAUCGUUACUGUCAAACGAACGAUCAUCGUUAUUAUUAUCAUCUGGUUUUUUGCUAUCAUCUGCGGAGUAUUCGUAAAUCUUUACACAACCGAAUCACAAUUUGCAAUGACGAUAAUAUAUGAGCUGUGUGUUAUCGUAUUCUUACUAAGCCAGGGUUAUGUUCUACUUAAAAUGCAGCAACGUAAACGUGGAGAUCUUUUCUGCGAUCGCGAUGUCUCCAUUGUUACAAGAAAACAUAUAUACAAACAACAAAUCAACAAUCAUGUGACUAUCGUGGUGCUUAUAUUGAUCAUAGUGGUUGUCGUCACUGUAUUACCAUAUAUGGUUGCAACACAGAUCUUUAUUCUCUCGCAACUUCGCAUAACUUCAUUGAGCGACAAAACAAAAGACGUUAUUCGAAAGUUUAUCAUCUAUUUCUACCCCGUUGAACUACUUAACUUUAUUGUAAAUCCGAUAAUAUACGCCUACCGACUAAAAAGAUAUCGCCAGGCAUUUUUUUAUGCCUUUUCUUUUCUACGGUGUGGACCAUUUGUAAAAAAACCUACACGAUCCCUUUCUAAAAGUAGUGGAGAUUACAAAGACGGAUUUGGGAAGUCAUUUAAUAUGACAAAAGCAAUACUAGAGUAAACACCAACUGAAUAUAGUCUUGUAGUAGGAUGAGCACAUAUAAUCAAGCAGUAAUUAGUAAUUAGUUAGUAAUUUCCACUGUCAAAUAAUCAAAAAUCUACGAAAAAUGUAAACAUGCACAAUAAAAGCUAGAAAUUUACACUAUUAUAAAGUAGAAAUUU